AAGAUUGAAUUACACAUUUUAGUGGGUUUGUUCUUCGAGAUUUUUUGCGGGGAUCGUAGCACCCAUCGCUGAUCUGAAUAUAUUCCCCAAGUCAUGGCGACGAAAAACAUCUUCUCCAAGCAUCUACCGAACGUGAAGUUGGCUACUAGGAUUGAUGCCGAUGGAAACGAAAUACAGGUUGAAAGACGUGAGGAUGAGGAGCAGAAGCGCAAGGAGCAGGACAUCAUCGAAACCCUCGUCGGUGCCGGGUACUAUCGUGCCCACAUCCAGGGCCUGUCGCCGUUCGACAAAAUCGUCGGUGGGAUGACCUGGUGCAUCGAGGCCUGCGAUUACGACGUCGACGUUGACCUGCUGUUCCACGAGAACCUUACCAUAGGCCAGAAAAUUGCACUGACGGAGAAGAUUGUGGCCGUGCUUCCGCGUAUGCAGUGUCCGUUCCUGAUAGAACCGCAUCAAAUUCAGGGCCUGGAUUUCAUCAACAUAUUCCCGGUGGUACAGUGGCUCGUAAAGCGGUCGGUGGAGAACCGCAGCAAAAAGGCCGAUACAUUGCGCAAACUAGCGGCCACUCAGUUCCAGAACCAUUUCACGCUCGGUGCCGACCGUGAGUUGCAGCGGUUACGCGUUAAACAGUUGGACAAUCUGCGUGCGGUCGAGGGAAAGUAUCCACCGAAACGUGCCUUCAAGCUGCGUAAAGCGGCCGGCGGUGGUUGGAUACCAGUGCGUCCUAAGGAUGCAGCGGACGAUACGGCGGACGAGGAACAUACCGGUGAAGAUGGAAUCGACAGUGCGAUACAGGAGGAGGAAGAAGAAACGGUUCAGCUUUCCGAGGAGCGUGAGUUUGAUUUCGAGUCUUUGUUUAAAAACCUAGCGCGUGAGCACAACCUUCCGACGGACCUAUCGGAAACGGAUCAUGCAGCUUUAACGAAGAAUUACGAUGAAUGGAAGCAGCAAGCGGCUGCCUCUUCAGAAACGGCGGCUUCCCUGGCCGAACGCAACCAGAUCAAAACUUUACUGACCGCAAAGCUUGCUUUGGUAAAGAAAGUGGAACAGGCGCUGGAAGAGUUUGAACAGUUCCAGAAAACGGUGACGGAGGAGGAACGAUGCCUUCAGCAAACGGUUGAACGAAAGGAAUCGCUGGAGGAGGAGAUAAAGAAUCUGGACAAUUUGGAGAUAAGCGAAGAGAAUCAAAAAAUUUUGGAUCGUGCCAAGCAGCUGGUGCUAAAGAAUGAAAAUAUGAAAAAGCUGGAAACCCAAUUCAAAGAGAACUGCAAAAAGGAACUGGCAGAGCUACAAGCAAAGAUUGACAAGGCGGAGACAUCUACACCAGAUGACGAUAUGGUAGAACUGCAACGGCAGCUAGAUAUGGAGCAAGAACGUUUGAAAUCGUUACGGCUGCAAUUGGCUAAGAAAAAUCGUGCCUACGUGUCGAUUAACCGCCAGCUGGAUAACAUACCUGAUCGCACCGAGUUGGCCCAGUAUCAGCGAAGAUUCCUCGAGCUUUACAAUCAAGUGAGUGCGAAGCAUCGUGAAACGAAGCAGUUCUACACACUCUACAACACGCUGGACGAUACGAAGGUGUACUUGGAGAAAGAGAUGUCGCUACUCAACUCGAUCUACGACAAUUACGGGGGCGCCAUGCAGAAACCGCACACACGCGAACAGUUCAUUCAGCAGUUCGAUUCGAUCGUCGAAGGAAUUCGAACGACCAAGGCUUCGCUACGCCGGAAGUGUGACGAUGAACGUUCGAAACGGGACGCACUGAAUGGACAGUUGCAAUUGUUAGUGGAACAACAACGCAAGUACGCGGCGACCGUUAAGCAACUAACGCUUGAAUGCCAGCGAAACGAAGCCCUGAUGCAACAUCUGAAGGCGCUCAAGAUUGCUUCAUCGGCCGGAAAUCAAACGAGGCCUUCGUAACCUGGUACGAUUGCCCAGCAUUCCACUUUGCUCGUAAAGCCCAGAACCCGAAGAAUAUAUACUCUCACCAAGUGACUUUUA